AUGAACUCGCUAUAUCAUUUACCGUACGUCGCGAUCGGGCUCUUCAAUUCCCGUUGCGGCAAAGUUACUUCAUUUUAAUUUGGUCGAUUCCGCAACUGUGUAUUACACGCUUGUGGUUCAGGGCGGCGUGCACAUUGCCAUGUUUAACUGAACGCGCCACGUCCAUCUGACCUCACGUUUCCCAACGUGAAUAUCCCCUCCUUUUAUCUUCCCUGCCACGUCCUGGGUGCUCAGGACCACUCCAGUGCGACAGAAGUUCGCUGCCGAGAAGCAAAAGCGUAAUUCAUCUCGUAUCCUGGAACUUGGUCAUCAGGAUCCAUGGCAGACAACGCGUUUGGAGAGUGCUGUGCGGGAUGCUGUGGGAUGUGCUGUAUCAUCGGUUCUGAGGGCAUAUUCUCGUGGCUACAGAUCACAACCUGCAAUCCGGGCGAUCACCAGCGCGGCUGUUGCACCGGAUGCUGCAAGAAGUCCUUCGACGAGGACGAAUUCCUUGCGGAGCAGGAGAAGCGGCGCGCCGAGGCUGCCAGCGAAGGCACCGCGUUGGUCACUCAGCCCUCGGCGCAGCCGUCCAUGUCAGUGACGCAGACCGUCGUGAGCAAUGACGCCCCGAAGACGGACAAGCUGCCUUCGCCGCGGCCGUCCCUUUCGUAUGCCCAGGAUCCAGGCGCGGCAGAUGACAACGGUCAAGGUGCGGAAAGGGCUGAGCAGCAUGCUCCAUUCCAGGAGCCGGGCGAUGACCCCUAUGCCUCCGGCGAGGGCGCAAACGCCGACAGGGAGUCCCUUGAUCUGGAGCUCCCGUUGCCGUUGCCCGGGUGCAGUCUCAUGGGCGAUGACGAGACGACCGAAAAGUCUGCCUCGGCAGCAGAGAUGCACAACUAGCAGCAAGCCUGCUUUCCCCUCGUUUUAUACCAGGAUCAACCCUUUCGUCUGCAUUGUACGGUAACCUAAUUGGAUACGAUACUCCCGUUGAGUGCAGCCGAUAUUGUUUUUUCCUUGUACUUGUAUUUCCCACUUGCCUUGACCAAGGUGAUACUCACCUUACGCCCGCCUCGCCUUGGAAUUCUACAUAC